GUUAGAAAGUAAAAGUAAAAUGACAGAUGACAGGAAUAAUAACCAGGCAAAAAUAUAUGACAGACAAGGUUAAAUUCGAAAGACAAUGUAUAAAGUUAUUAAACGCAUUAAUCCUGACUAGCAAUGCAAAAGGUUAAUAUUGAGACCGAAUGGAAAUAUGUAAAAUAAAAUUGUAAACCUUGUAGUAUUAUUAAUAAUGUAGAUCAAGGAGAAUUUGCACUCUUAAGGGAUUCUAAACUCUAUGUAAACUGCCAGAACUUUAUUUCUAUUCCCAAAGACUUUGAAGAAACUGAAUUCACUGUUUAUGAAGGCGAUAUAGAUGGAUUUCAUUUUUUACCCUAUGGAAAGGGUGUAUUUAAGAGCAAGACUGAAAGAUUUGAAGGAUUUUUCGCAGAUGGAUUUGCUUGUGAUCUUUGCACCUUAGAAAAGUCGUAAUUAAGUUCCAAAAUUAAAUGCUAUUACUCAUGGGGAUAGAAACAUGGCAAAUACGAGGAAGAAAACAAUAACUAACUAAUUCAGGGUUUUUUUGAAAACGAUUUGAAGUAAGGAUUGUUCACUGAGAAGUAGAAAACCGCUGGCAAACAAGAAUAUAAAUACUACAAAAAUGGAAUAAUGUAAAAUUUUGACGGAUAAACUUACGACAAUCAAUAAAAGAAACUUAGUACGACUACUCGUUAUCUGUUCAAUCAUUAGGAUUAUUCAAUUAAUAACUUUACUUUCAAAGGUCUCUAUUAUGGAGAAUGGCUUAAUCAAUUAAUAGUAGAUUAUUAUCUGCAAUUGGUCAUUGACUACUACAAGGAUUCCCUUGCAGAAUCAAUCUACCAUCUUAAUACAAUCGAAUGCCAGGACAUCUUUUCAAGUUAGAUGAUUGCAAAGGAUUCGAAACCCAUAAUUCCACCAAAACUCCUAGAAAUUAAUUGUCUAAUCUCUGAUAUCAAGAAAUUAAUUUUUAUAAUGAAUGUUGAUAGAGUACACUUUUUAGUGUUGGUAUGCUAAAAUUAGUAACUCUUCCUAUUGAAUUCAUAGAAAAAUAUUCUUCAAGAUAAAAUUAUCUUACAGAAAGUUGUAAAGAUUAUCCCUUCCAUUAGCAAAGCAAAAAAUAAUUCAGAAAAACUUAAAAUUGUAGAAGUAGGGCAAUAACAUAAUAAUUUUGAUUGUGGAAUUCACUCUAUUUACAAUACACUACUAUAAUACAAAUACUGCGAUAAAAAGGUUAAUGAGAUCGAUUACCAAGCUACCAAAAAGAUGAUGGAGAAACUUAGAAUACAUGUAAAAAAUGUUCUAAUCAAUGACUAUGCCCAUUUACUCCCCUAAAUUUCUGAUUCUAAAUAAAAUCAUAGAUAUUGA